AUGGCGUACAACCGACCGUACAACCCAGACGAGCUGCCCAGAUUCGCGGAGCCUGAGCAAAAAGGAACCGUCAAGUCUCCCGUCUCUACCUCGGUCUCGAACCCUUCUUCAAGAUACGAGAACAAGCCGCCGCCGCCUCGCCCUGUAGACCACAGAGGUUCUUCUGAUCCGUACGGUCCGCGCCCGCAAGAGCGACUAUCACCGAGCCACACCCAGCCGCCGCCCGACCGCUUUGGCAUGAGUCCGCCACCUACUGCCACGGCCCGGCCGGUCCAUCACAACCUCCCCGCCGCUUCCUCGAGGCCACCGCCGAGUCCUGCGCCGCGCGACAGCUCCAUUGAUCCGACUCUGCUGCCGCUUUUCAGAGCGGUGGAUAAAGAUGGUACCGGUCAACUGUCAGAGAGAGAGCUCUCGGCGGCGCUCGUCAACGGCGACUGGACUGCGUUCGACCCGCAGACGGUGCGCAUGAUGAUCCGCAUGUUCGACAGCGACCGCAGCGGCACCAUUGGUUUCGAGGAGUUCUGCGGCCUGUGGUCCUUCCUGGCCUCGUGGCGGUCGCUCUUUGACCGCUUCGACACGGACCGCUCUGGCAACAUCAGUCUGGACGAGUUUAGCAACGCGCUCGUCGCCUUCCGGUACCGCCUCAGCGACCGCUUCGUCGAGACUCUCUUCCGCACCUACGACAAGCGCAACGAGGGCGUCAUGAGCUUCGACCUGUUUGUGCAGGCCUGCAUCAGCUUGAAGCGCAUGACCGACGUGUUCAAGCGCUACGACGACGACCGGGACGGCUACAUCACUCUGAGCUUCGAGGACUUCUUGACCGAGAUUCUGCGCCAGCUGAGGUAA